AGAAAAGCGCCGGCCGGAGGGCCCGCGCCGGGCGGCCCGGGUGAGCGUGCCGAGGCGGCGGCUGUGGCCUUCCAGCCCCCACCAUGCCGUGGCCCCUGCUGCUGCCUCUGUUGCUACUACCAGCUGUGAGUGGAGCCCAGACAACCCGGCCAUGCUUCCCUGGGUGCCAGUGCGAGGUGGAGACCUUCGGCCUCUUUGACAGCUUCAGCCUGACGCGAGUGGACUGCAGCGGCCUGGGCCCCUACAUCAUGCCUGUGCCCAUCCCUCUGGACACAGCCCACCUGGACCUGUCCUCCAACCGGCUGGAGAUGGUGAACGAGUCAGUUUUGGCAGGGCCAGGCUAUACUACCCUGGCUGGCCUGGAUCUCAGCCAUAACCUGCUCACCAGCAUCUCACCCACCACCUUCUCCCGCCUUCGCUACCUGGAGUCUCUCGACCUCAGCCACAAUGGUCUGGCAGCCCUGCCAGCUGACAGUUUCACCAGCUCUCCUUUGAGUGAUGUGAACCUCAGCUACAAUCGGCUCCGGGAGGUGUUGAUAUCUGCCUUUACCACCCACAGCCAGGGCCGGGCACUGCACGUGGACCUCUCCCACAACCUCAUUCACCGCCUGGUCCCUCACCCCACACAAGCCAGCUUUCCUAUGCCCUCCAUUCAGAGCCUGAACCUUGCCUGGAAUCGACUCCGUGCAGUGCCCAAUCUCCGAGACCUGCCCUUGCGCUAUCUCAGCCUGGAUGGAAACCCUCUGGCCACUGUCAGCCCAGGGGCCUUCUCAGGGCUAGCAGGCCUGACACACCUGUCACUAGCCAACCUACAAGGUCUUCCCCAGCUGGCACCUCAUGGCUUCCAAGAUCUGCUGGGCCUGCAGGUCCUGGAUCUGUCAGGCAACCCCAAGCUCAAGUGGUCAGGAGUGGAGGUAUUCUCAGGCCUGGACUCACUGCAGGAACUGGACUUAUCAGGCACCGGGCUGGUGUCCCUGCCUGAGAAGCUGCUCCACCACCUCCCAGCACUGCAGAGCGUCAGUGUGGGCCAGGACAAGCAGUGCCGGCGCCUGGUGCGAGAGGGUGCCUACCCCCGGCAGCCUGGCUCUAGCCCCAAGGUAGUCCUGUACUGUGGAGACACCCAGGAAUCUGCUGCCAGGGGCCCAGAUAUCUUGUGACAAAGGAAUAGUGUGGCCUAGGGCCACAUGACAGACUGCUGCCCUGGGCUUGCUCAGGUGUCACCUAACUUUGAAUGUGCCAAUGGCAGUGAAGAGUCUACAGGCCAGCAUGGUGGCAUAACCACAGAGCUGAGGGCCUAGGAGGGGUACUUUGUGCUUGGGACCCACAUUCAGUGACAAGGCCUGCUCCUUUGUCCCUGAAGCUAAUCCUUGAACUAUGCCAAACUAGGCUCUGUCCCUUCCUGCUGCCCUUCCCCAAGUCACCCUGUAAGUGCCUUCAGUCCUGUCUGGGCUGACCUGACCCUUGAUAGGAGGAGUGUAGACGGGAGCCACCACUGCAGGCCAGACAUGGGUCUUCUGGGCUGAGUGUCCCCUCUGGUCCACAGUCUACUCACUCAGGGGCAGAAGUUUCUUUUAUGGUAUACCCUUUCUUUACUCUGGGUCCAUGAGGUCCACGUCACCCUUUUCUUGUAGAGUCCUGGAUAGAACCUUCAUUGUAGAAGGGACUGGUGAGAAUCCAGUCCAGCGAGAUUUGCCUGCAGAAGUACAUCUGCUAACAAGGUCCUGCAGGGGUGCAGGCAUGACUGGAACUCAGCCUCCUGCCUGGAAAAGGGGGUAUUCUGCACUUUCCUGCCUUCUCCCUACCUCCGCUCUUGCUCUCCUUCCUGGGCUCCUUGCUGCCACCUGUGCCCUUUCCUCACCAUCUCCAGCAGCAGCAGCAGCAGCAAGGUCAAGGCCUCAGAGGUGGGACCAGCCAUGUGGCAGAGGCUCGCCUGUGCGAGCUUGGGCAUAUCAGUCUAAGACCUGCCCAUUUCUCGAGGCGAUAGUCCCUCAGAGUCAACUGGCAGUGUGCUCCACUUUCCCCUGAGACCCUGCCUGCAGAUGCUCUUCCAGGGAGUCGGUGCACCACCUGGCCAUAGCUCCAAGGAGGCUCCUGGAUUCAGACCCAUGGAGGCCCUGGGAGUGCCAAAGAAAGAGACAGGAUCUCCCCAUCCACCACCAGGGUAGUAUCUCAGCCUCCCAGCCCUUUGUCUUCAUUUGAUAAAGAGUUAUAGCCUUUUAAAUGGAUAGUCAUUUUCAAGCCCCACCCCCACCCCACCUCUGCUGGCAGGGGAUGGAAAGGUGUCAUUUGUUAAGAGUUGCAUUUGUUCACUUUUAUAUAUAAUACUGUGUCCUGGCCACAGGUUGAGAGGAAGCCAGCCAACCAUGGCCAAGAGGGUAUCAGAGCUGGUCCUGGAGAUGCCCACAAGGCAGUGAGAACUGACUUUCCCACACCCACUGCCCACUUAGCAUCUGAUUUUGGUUUAAUAAACACCAUAAAGAGUUCUUUCCAUCA